AUGAAGUCGGUCCUGGCACUUGUCUUGGGUGCAGGCACAGGUUAUGCCCUGGCCCAGUCUCUGCCUGACUAUGUCCUGAAAUACGCCCCCCUAGUCUGGCUCGACGUCAACGAAACUUACUUCCCAGGCGAUAUCUACGGCCAAGUGCAAAACACCUAUCCAGCCCUAAACUACACCAAAAUCACCGGUUACACCACCCCACUCACCCUCGACAAUCUCGAUCAACUCAAUGCCUUUGGAAACACCAAUGUUUAUCUCACUUCAAACGAAGGGAUAGAAGCCUUUCCAGCUUGGUUUCAUGGCACCCAGCCCAAUAGCCAUGGUGUUACCGAGGGCGCCACGAGUUGUGCGAUUGUGACGGUUGACCAUGGAGAUGGAACGCUGGAUGCGUUUUAUUUCUAUUUCUAUUCGUUUAAUAAGGGUGAUAUUGUGCUUGGUGCGGUCUGGGGUGAUCAUGUCGGUGACUGGGAGCACAACAUGGUCCGUUUCACAAAUGGAGAACCGCAGGCCCUGUGGUACAGCCAACACUCCGGCGGCGAGGCUUUCACCUAUGAUGCCGUCUUGAAAAUCAAUAGUAGACCAGUGUCCUAUUCUGGCCAGGGAACCCACGCCAACUAUGCUAUUCAGGGGGUUCACGAUCACACGAUUCCCGGGGUCAACCUUCCGUUCGGCCCAGUAAACGACUACACCAGCAACGGGACGCUGUGGGAUCCAACUGGAAACUACUACGCAUACAGCUACGACAACGUCACCGCUGUCUUCACGGCCUACGAUUCCAGCUACCCUGUCAACUGGCUGUACUUCAACGGCCAAUGGGGCGAUAUCCAAGUUGCCAAGCAGCGCGGAAUCUUUGGGCAAUACGAAUACACCAGCGGUCCCAAUGGCCCGAAAUUCAAGAGCCUUGUUCGAACAAAUGUGUGUCCUGAUAGAGACGAUUGCGACGUGCUCAACCAUCUGUGGUAUUAG